ACUCAGGAACUGACUGUGCACCACGGAGGGAAGAUCCUUUGACUUUUGUUUAUAACUGUCACUCACUGUUGUCUUUCCGUGAGAGAGAACCAAGGAAACUGAGAGUUUAGUCAGACUAUUGCGCACCGGCGACUAUUGCGCACAGGCGACUAUUGCGCACAGGAGAACUUGUAGUUUAAACAAGUUCUCCGGAGGAGAAGCGGCCACCAUGGCCUUCCCCUCGGAGAGCUUUUGCAACAUCACGGGCCAAAGUUGCAGCGGAGGCUCCAACUUGACGCAGCUGCGACUGGAGAACCUCACGGGGAAGAGAAACGACACCGAUCCGUUCGGACGGAACGAGGAGGUGGCCAAGAUGGAGAUCACCGUUCUGAGUCUGGCAUUUCUCGCGGCUGUGGUCGGAAACGUGAGCGUCCUGCUGGCCAUGUACAGGUCCCGCAGGAAGCUGUCGCGCAUGCACCUGUUCAUGAAGCACCUGAGCCUGGCGGACCUGGUGGUCGCCUUCUUCCAGGUGCUGCCGCAGCUCUGCUGGGAGAUCACCUUCCGCUUCUACGGCCCGGACUUUCUGUGCCGCAUCGUGAAGCACCUGCAGGUGCUGGGCAUGUUCGCGUCCACGUACAUGAUGGUGAUGAUGACCGUGGACCGCUACAUCGCCAUCUGCCACCCGCUGCAGACGCUCCAGCAGCCCACGCUGCGCGCCUACGCCAUGAUCGGCUCCACGUGGGCGUGCAGCCUGGUGCUCAGCACCCCGCAGUACUUCAUCUUCUCCCUGAGCGAGGUGCGCCCCGGCUCGGGCGUGCACGACUGCUGGGCGCACUUCGUGGAGCCGUGGGGGCUGCGCGCCUACAUCAGCUGGAUCACGGCCGGGAUCUUCCUGCUGCCCGUGGCGCUGCUCGUCUUCUGCUACGGCUUCAUCUGCAGGGCGAUCUGGAGGAACCUCAAGUGCAAGACGCGCAGGAAGAGCGCGGACGCCGUGGCCGAGGCCACCAAGACCGGCAUCCUGGGCCGGAGCUGCGUCAGCUCCGUCAGCACCAUCUCCCGUGCCAAAUUACGCACCGUCAAGAUGACUUUCGUGAUCGUGGUGGCGUACGUGGUGUGCUGGGCGCCGUUCUUCACCGUGCAGAUGUGGUCCGUGUGGGACGACACUUUCUCCUGGGACGACUCAGAGAAUGCUGCUGUAACGCUUUCUGCCCUGCUGGCGAGUCUCAACAGCUGCUGCAACCCCUGGAUCUACAUGCUCUUUAGCGGCCACUUGCUCUCUGACUUUGUCAGCAGCUUGCCGUGUUGCCACCGGCUGAGGAAUAAGUUCCACCAGCAGGAUUCCGACAGCAGCAUCCGGCGGACCACGCUGCUGUCUCGCCUGCAGGGCCCACGCCUGUCAGAGCCAUUCAGAGACCUCAACCUCACCACUAAGAACUGUCCACAGGUCCCAUACGCAUCCUGACUGAACACUGUAUGUGCUGAAAACCAGUCUGGAGGAAGGUAUGAACUCAUCAGAGGGAGGGGGUAACACCUACAGUUUAUUUUCUUUACUGCAAUCCAAAGUGGAAAAGUUUGCUCUGCAGUAAAGAGAGUUUUAAUAACUAUUCAAUGUGCCAGGUGGAAGAUGUUUGGUUCAGAUGGUAUUAAAAACAACUCAGUCCCUUAAAAUGUUGCUAUUAGCGUGGCCCUUUCUAAGCUGCUCUUUAAUUGAACUUGAGAAUUUGUCCACAUUGAGGCUCAUUUGGAAAUGAAUAGCAUUCAUAUAGCAACCUAGAAAUAUUUUAUACCCAUCCAAACUGGUGCUAUGGGGAAAGCCAAAAAUCAUAAUUAUUAUGAAACUAUAUUUAUAUAGCACUUUUUCUAAGCAAUGUUACAAAGCUUAGCAUAGCAGCAGAGAAUGAAAGCCAGUAAACAACUUGAACCAGCAUGAGAAACAAUAUAAAGAUAAGUGUUGCAAUGUUUAUAGUUACAUCACUACCUGUCACUAUUAAACAUGUAAAUCUUUGUAUAGUUCUGUUGUAACAGUUGGUUACAACAGAUUUUAAACUGUAAAUGCACAUUUGGCACAGAUAAAAUGUAGGACGUCCCCCAGAUGUAUCCUUGAAAUAUUAAACACAUUUGGAGAAACCAAUCAUUCGUGUUUUGUGAGGUAAGAUAAAUUAUUUAUCAUUGGUUACAUAAAACAACACUAGAUGAGAAUGGUCUGGACUGGAUGUGAAUCAGUAUUUGGGAAAUAUUACAAUUUGAUUAAGUGUUUAACGAUGUAGGUUUACUAUCUGUAGAAAACAUUAUAGGUUUUUUUUUAAUUAGUGACUUCUGAGCAGCAGGAACAGGAUGGACAGAUGCUGGCAUCUUUCCUCAUUACCUCUAUGAAAUGUAAUCUCCAGAUCUGGAAUACAAUUUUCUCUCUGUGCCUCUUUCCUUCUUUUUUAUUUUUGUCAUGCGUACAUUAAAAUAAUUAGAGAAAGAAAGACAGUCUAGCAGCAAUAUAUUGAGGCUUUCUUCAAAAGGUGUGUUUUAGCAAUAUCCAAAGACAGUCCAGAGCAUGGGGCUGCAGAGCUUGGAAACACACAUAUAUAUGUGAAUAGGGAAAUCAUUUGCUAACUGAGUGGAUCAAGUUGCAUUGUCUAGCAUUAGGAUUGAAAAACUAUCUGGUUAGGAUUAGGAAAACCAUGCAUUUCUGUAAAUUAGACCUUCAAACAAAGAGAAUUUAUAUCAGUGUAUUUUUUUUUUCCAAUUUGAAACGGGGAGUUUGGGUUAUAAAUGGAUUCAACUUUUUGAGUGGAUGUGUUUCCACUUGAUUUAAAACAAAAUUAGGGUUUUUGUCUCGGUACUACAGCAAUGUCAACGCUUAUAAAUCUUUCGACAGACUAAACACAUAAAGGCUGGCCAGCGGCCCCUAGAAGUUCUUGUUGUAGAUGAGUCCAGAAAUCCUUUUGAAAAUAUUCAGUUUUUUUCCAAGUGCUUUUACCAGAGGGGACAAAAAUAAAUAAAUAAAUCGUGCAACUCAUUUUUCCAGACACAACUUUUUUUUUCAAAUUCCCGAACUACUGAAAUAUGCAUCACAGACGUUUGAACACACAUUGCCAAACCAUCUCCAGUGCUAGAUCAGCAAAUGAACAUGAAAAAUACCAGAGCUGUUACCAAAUCCACAUUGUAGCGACAGCCAAUGAGAGCAAAACAUGGGGUGAGGUCACAAAGAGGAAGGGAAACAAAGCAAAGGGGAAACCCUCCAUGUCCAUGACAUUUAAUGAGGGAAAAAAAUACGUUGUGGUCUAAAGGAGUUGUCAUGGCAACAGCUGGCAUUGUUAAAAUAUUGCAGUGUUGAAACACUGACUGUCAGCGCUUCAGAAAAAGGUUUAGUGACUGAUGUGUUAUUAACAUUUUUAUUUAAAAGAGACACGGAGCAGAUGGGAUUUUGGAUUUAAGCAAAAACUUUUUGUAACUGUUUUUCUUCCAUCAUCCAUCACAAACUCCUCCCACUGAAUCUGAAUUUUCCUCCAGUUUCUGCAUUUUUCUUUUGACUGAUUGAUGAGCCGUGAUCUUAUUAUUUCAGUUUAACAAUGAGCGGUUUAAACCAAGGUAAACCCUUUACCUUUUCAGUGUUUAACUAUAUUGUUUGUUUUAUUGAUUAAUGUAAAAUUACAUGACAUUUAUUUGAAAUAAGCGCAUUCUUUAUGAACAUAUUUCCCUUUUUUUCUGAUGCUGAAAUAUUGUGGUUCAAUGACAUAUUUAAGGAGUGUUCAGGUGCCUUUAAAACAUACACAAAGCACACUCUCUUAGUCUAAAAUAUCAUAACACAAAAUGAUCGUCAAAUAAAGAAAUAAUAAUGGCACGCAUAAUAAUCUACUGUUACUUGUUAGUUGCUUAUAAGGCGUGGUUGAUAACUUCAAUAUGAUUCACACUGGCAUUUUUGGGAAGCAACUACUUAAAAUAUUUUCCCUGUAAAUAAGUUGUUUAUGCCCACAUCAAUACACCCGGGGGCGCUACAGACGGAGAGUCAAAGUUACAGAUUUAAAGUUUUACACAUGUACAUAACUAUAUUUGGGCUCUUCAAAUAUGCCUUUUCAAGGUACUUUAUUGACUAUAGUUCGUUCAGCAAAAAUGGCAUGAAACAGUGUAGUAUACAAUAUUUAUGUAUUUAAAGAAUAUUCCGUUAACUCUUGUAGACGUUGUAGCUGUAGCUGUUGUUAUAUUGUAUAUUUUGUUGUGUUUUUCUUAGUUUGUGUUUUGAUGUCCAACUCUAUAAAUUUGUUAAGUCAUGUUUCAGUUCAGGUAAUUAAAAAUGCACUUUGUUUAACAUGAUUAUUUGUGUAAAUAUAUGGAAAUAUGUAUAUAUAUUCUUUUCUAAUGAUUUUGGAUGUACAGUCAUGUGUUACAUUGUUUUGUAGUGAGUAAUGGGCUACCAUUGUGUGUCACUGCUGUAAGACAUUGUUCCGAGGCUCUCCUAUGUAUUGUUCUGUGUCAUCUGUGCAUGCAAACAAAGAUAAAAAUGGUCCUUGUAUCCUCAAGUUUUUGGUGAACUGAAAUAGUGUGAAUUUUUGAAUGUGUGUUACUUGUCUGUACUUAUGUUCUUGUGGACAUACUUCACACGUGUGAAACAUCAUCAGUUUCAGCCACAGUACCUUAAAGUCUGAGUUUAGUUUAAUAUCGUUGAAAUGUAUUCUUGCCCCAGUGUAGACUUAAGACAGCAAAGUGUCUAUGAAUGCAUGACCCAUCAACUAGCAGUUAUAAAACAAGAAUGACAUUUCUCUACUUUUUUAAAUUUGUGGUUGUUUUAUCAAGAUGGAUCAGACUUUUCCUCCAACACUUUGGGGAUGUGACACUAAUAUC